AUGGGGGAACCGUACCUUAUGGAGUGUUAUGAGGACUGCCGGUCUCUCAAAUUCCAACAUGCCUACAGGCUUUGUCUCGACUGCAGCAGCAGCAGCAGCAGCAAGGCCAGCAGCAACUUGUGCGUGCUGCACUGCUGCAACCUGCUGGCUCUGGGAUGCGGAAAUCGCGUUUUCCCAUAUUGCGCUGUCUCUGCUGCUCGAGGCCUUCUCGAGCUUCGCCAGCCGCCCAUAGAGCUGGAGAGUGAAGUGACGGCGCUGCUGCUCAGCAGCUGCUGCCGCUUCCUAGGAGUUGCUGCGGGCAGGCGUGCGCUGGUGCUGCGGGUGGGGGACUGCGCAAAAGCCCCUGAAGCAGCAGCAGCAACUGCUGCUGCUGCUGCUGCAGGAGCAGCAGCAGCUUGUCUGUCGCCCUCGUCGCUGCGGAUUGAGGCAGCCGUGCUGCCCGAGAACAUUACCGGCAUUGCCUGGACAGGCGAUGGGCGGCUGCUGCUGAAUACCUACAGCAGCGGUCUCUUCAUUGCUGAUGGGGGGGGAGAUGUGCACCUUGCGGUGUCUCCGGCGCUGAGAAUUUCCUCACUUAGCGGGACCACUGGGCUUGGCAAGGAGGGCCCUUUGAAGCAGACUGUGGCUCUGCUCUGCUCCAGCAGUCCUUUGGCUCUCUGGGCUCUGACGGCGAAUGUGAAGAGUGGCAGCAGCAGCGGCAGCAACAGCAGCAGCAGCAGCAGCAGCAGCAGCAGCGUCUGCUGCAGCAGCGAUUUGUCUCUGGCGCGUGUUGACCUCUCUGGCCUGGACGGCCCACUGGACUUGGAAGCAGCAGCCGUUGCUAAAGGCAAGGGCCGCUGCUUAGGACUUUCUUGGAUAUCCCCUGGCUUUUCUGCUGCGGGAAACCACGAAGCUGCUGCUGCUGCUGGUCCCUUUCUAGCAGCUUUGUUCGCAGUGCGGGUGGCAGACGUAGGAGAAGACGAGGAUGAGCAGCAGCAGCAGCAGCAGCAGCAGCCGCAGCAGUUUGAAAGCGCUGCUGAAGAAGACGCUCAGCUCGAGGCAGAGGAUGAGCAGUUUUCUUCUUUGCUGCUCUUCGCCAAAAUCGAAGCAGCAGAAACGCCGGAGCAGCUUCAACUUGUGCCGAUUGCGGCGGCUUUAAACGAGACACCACGCAGCUCUCUUUCUUUGCUUGCGACGCCUUUGUGCGCCAGCCACAAGGCAGCAGCAAAAGGCUCUCCUGGGGCGACAGUCAGGAAGAAGCAGAAGGUAAGGAAGCAGCUUCUGGAGCAUCGUAUGGGGCUGCUGCAGCAGCAGCCACAGCAGCAGCAGUAUCCACAGCAGCAGCAACAGCCACAGCAGCAGCAGCAGCAGCAGCAGCGCAUGACGGCUUGUGGGUGUUUGCCUCUCGCAGCUGCUGCUCAGUGGGGCUGCGUGGUCUUCGCCGAGGGGAAGGGCCUCGAGACAGCAGACGAGGAGGCGGGGCCUUUGGGCUUGGGGGUUUUCACGGGCUUCCCUGACGGGGUUAUGAGAGACGGGGCCGAUGCUGAUACGCCUCUCCUGAGCUCCCCUGCUGUCUUCUUCAUCGCCGAGUCGACAGGAGAAGUGACUGUCCACUUCGCUGACCGCUGUUUGGCAGUGGUGAGAGAUACGGAAUCCGUAGAGCUUCCGCUGCUGCCGCCGCUGCAGCAGCACCCGCAGCAGCAAGACCAGCAGCAAAUGAAGUUGUGGCUGCAGCGGCUCUCUGGGAAGCAGCCGCUGAAGCAGGGGGCAAAGCUGGCCGAUGCUUCAGGCGAAAAGCCCAGCAGCAGCGGCAGCAGCAGCAGCAGCAAGCACCGCAGCAGCAGCAGCAAGGGCAGCAUAAGCAGCAAAGGAGAUAAGGCACGGAGCCACAGCAGAAAGCCAGGCAGCACCAAGAGUGGUAGGAGGGGCAGCACCAGCAGCAGCAGCCGACAGGCUGCACACGGGAGGUGGCGUGGUAGCAGCAGCAACGCUGGGAAGAGCAGCAGCAGGAGGAGCAAGCGCGAUGAAGAAAGGCACAGCAAGCAUAGCAGCAGCCGCGCUGCUGCUGCAGACGAGGAGCGCUGGAGCAGCAGCAGCAAAGCAGCGAGGGAAGCCACUCUUGCGGCAGCAGGGCAGACGGUGCGUGCUGCUGUGUCCAGACGCAGCAGCAACAGCAACAGCAGCAGCGUGCUCAGCAGAUGGCGGCAGCGGCUGCAGUCCUCUCCAGAACACCUGGAGGUGUCGGAGCUUCUAAGACGGGUGGCCGACGGCGAAGAGCUCUUUGGUGCCCCUGGAUCUCUCGCUGCUGCUGUUGCUGCUCCUCUUACUGCUGCUCUGCGUGCAUUCGAGUGGCGCCUAGCUGCUUCUGAGGUUUGCUGCUCUGCAGCACAGGAUUCACUUAGGCACCAGCUGCGGCAACUUGACCGGCAUCAGGUAGAGCAGCAGCAGCAGCAGCAGCAGCAGCAGCCGACCUUGGCUUCGCAGGUGGCGGGGCUGCAGGCGGCAGUCCAGCAGCUGCAGCAGCAGCAAGAGUUGCUGCUGCAGCGAGUGUCUCACCUUCGAGACACGGAGGAGACGCAGGCCAAGGCGAGCGGCAGAGUGCGACGCAUUCUCAGCAGGCUGUUGGUGCAGCAGCAGCUGCUGCAGCAGGAGCUGCAAGAAGGCGACAGCCUUUUGGCUCUCAUGGCUGACGAGCAGCAGCACUUGGAGGACAUUGCGCUGCUCCUGCCUUCUGCUGCUGGUGGCUCUUCGCUAGAGGAAAGGCAGCAGCAGCGGCUGGGUGUGAAAGAGCGGGCUCGGCAGCUGCGGCAGCUGAUGCUGCGCCUGCAGCAGCAGCAAUUAAUGCAAGUGCAGCUUUAUGAAGAGCAACUGGCGCUAACUGAGAACUUGCGAGAGUUGCCGCCUCAAGAUGCGCAGCAACUGGAGCAGGAGCUGCAGCGCCUCGGUGCUGCAGUGAUGCAGCAGCAGCGGCGGGUGCAGCUGCUGCUAAGCCGCGCUGACGCCUUGGCCUUGGAGGCUAUUGGCGAUGCGAUCCCAGACGCGACACAUUCGCAGCAGCUGCUGCUGCAGCAGCAACAGAAGCCAGCCAUGCAGGCGCCAUCUGCUGCGAAAAGCAGCCACAGCAGCAGCAACAGCAGCAGCAACAGCAGGCAACCGUGCAGACCUGGCGCUCGCUUCAUGUUGCCUUCCACUUUCCUAGAGGCGAAGACGGAGGAGCCGGUGCAGCAGCAGGCCAGUGAAUCUCAGUCCGCCGCAGCAGCAGCAGAGGCAGCAGCAGAGGCGGGCCGCGAUGCAGCAGCAGAGCAAGAUGUUGCUCAAGCUAUACAGACACUGGGAAGUCGCAUGAGGGAGUCACUUUUCAUUUGCAGCAACGAAGGUCCUGCAGAAACUGCAGCAGCAGUACCGGAGUCAACAUCGGCGCAGGAAGUUCGUGCUGGUAGCUGCAAGCAGCAGCAGCAGAGAGAACACCAGCAACUGCUGCUGCUGCAGGAGAAGCAGAAAGCUAUCUCCGAGCUGAUGCAGAGAGCCAGGCGCCUGCAGCAGGAUGCUGCUACUCUAGAAGAGUCUCUGUCUGCUGUGGAGCAGCAGGCAACGAUGGUGCCCCCAUCUCAGAAGCACCCUUGUGCAGAGUCAGAGGAGCUAGCGCAGUUGGUGCAGCAGCAGCAGCAGCAGCAGUGGCUGCAGCUGCGGCUGGACUCUGCUCUCUCCCCUGCGGGUGCGGCAGAUGCCCUCAAGUCUUCGGAAGCCACUUCCCCGCUGCAGCUGGUGCAGCAGCUGCUACAGGAGGAGGCUGCUGCCCGCGCGCGAGAGGCAGCGGGCCGCCGUGCGCUGCUGCAGCGACUGCAGCAGCAGCAGCAACAGCAAACAGGCUUCUCUCCAGGGGGAGCAGAAGGACUUGGGCCUGCAGAGGAGGAGGCAAGCCUUGAAGAAGAUAAGACCGCAGCAGAGCUGCAGCAAGGAGGAGAUCUGGGCGCUGAGUGGGAAACGUUAGGCAGCAGCCUAGAAGGCUGGAGCGAUGUGGAGUGCCUCAGCAGCAGUAGCAGCCGCAGUAGCAGCAGCAGAAGCAGCCGAAGCAGCAGCGGAAGCAGCGAGAGCAGCAGCUGCAGAGGAUCCCUCAGCGGCCGCGGGCGCGGCAGCAGCAACAGCAGCAGCAGAAGGGGCGGCGGUCUGUGCAGCGACAGCGACGAGCUGGCGGGGCGCAUUUCCGAGAGCGACAGCCCUAGUGCUGCCCCUGCGAGGCCCCCAGGGGCCCUUCUGCUGCCUGCUGCUGCUUCGAGAGAGGCGGGGGCUCCAGGGGGGCCCCUGAAAGCAGCAGCGGGGACCCCACAGACUCAGCCAGCCCCUACAGGAAGUGCCCUUAAGGCAGCAGCAGCAGCAGCAGCAGCAGCAGCAGCUUCCCCCAGCCCCACCACAGCGGCCCCAAUGCCCCCAGUCCCCACUAAGGCUUUCUUUCCUCGAGCUCCCACCAGAGCUGUGCUGCCUCCAGACCCCACCAAAGCUGUGCUGCCUCCAGACCCCACAAAAGCUGUACUUCCUUCAAGUCCAGCAAAAGCUGUACUUCCCCCAAGUCCAGCAAAAGCUGUACUGCCUCCAGAUCCCACGAAAGCUGUAUUGCCUCCAGAUCCCACGAAAGCUGUAUUGCCUCCAGAUCCCACGAAAGCUGUACUGCCUCCAGAUCCCACGAAAGCUGUAUUGCCUCCAGAUCCUACGAAAGCUGUAUUGCCUCCAGAGCCUACGAAGGCUGUAUUGCCUCCAGAUCCUACGAAAGCUGUAUUGCCUCCAGAUCCUACGAAAGCCGUAUUGCCUCCAGAUCCCACGAAAGCUGUACUGCCUCCAGAUCCUACGAAAGCUAUAUUGCCUCCAGAUCCCACGAAAGCUGUACUGCCUCCAGAGUCCAGCAAAGCUCUGCUGCCCCCAGACCCCACGAAGGCUGUGGCGGGGCGGGAGCCGGCGAAGGCGGCCUCGGAGAAGCCCAAGGAUGGCGUGGGGGCCCCCAAGGAGGCUGGGGGUGGUGCCCCCAAAGAGGCCGGGGCGGCUGGCAGCAGCGACGGAAGAGCAGCAGAGGAAAGUGCUGCUGCUGCUGCUGCCAAAGGCGACAGCAGUUCCCUCAAGUUGCCGUUCGGCACUCUCAGUCAGCCCAGCGCUAAGGGGGGCGCCGAGAGCGGGAGCUCUGGUGGUCUUUUCGGCAGCAGCAGUAGCAGCAGCGGGGGGCUCUUUGCCCAAACCGAAGCCGGCAGAGAGGGUGGCCUAUUCGGCAGCAGCAGCGGCGGGGGUGGCCUCUUUGGCAGCAGCAGCGGCAGCAGCGGUGCUGGUGGGGGCCUCUUCGGCAGCAGCAGCGGUGGUGGCGGCCUCUUCGGUAGCAGCAGCGGCGGAGGCCUCUUCGGCAGCAGCAGCAGCAGCACUCCACAGACGUCACGCCAGCCGCCAAGUCUGUUCAGCGGGGGCUUCGGCAGCAGCAGCAACAGCAGCACGGCAUUAGACAUUAAAAGCAUAGGGCAGAGCUUGGCAGCAGCACCAGCGACGCAGGCUUCCGGCUUCGAAGGGUCUUCACUAGCCUCGGGGCCCUUCAGCUCCAGUGGGCCCUUUGGAGGAAGUGCUUCACAGGGGCCCUCCACGGGUGGGCUUGUGGGGAUCCUGGGGCCCGGCAUCUUUGGCAGCAGCAGCAGCAGCAGCAGUGGCGGCGGUGGCGAUACUGGAGCAGCUGCCAAUGCAGCAGCGGGAAGAGCCCAAGCAGGCGCUGCCUCUCCUUUUGGCAGCUCUCUUUUCUCCCAGCAGCAGCCGCAGCAGCAGCAGCAGCAGCAACCGAGCUUUUCGUUCGGCAACAUUAAUGUCAGCGACUUGUCAGUGGGGCAGCGCCAAACAUACAACUUCGGGCUGGUGAGUUUCGCCUGCGCUGCUUUUGCUGCUGACGCUGCCUUUGAGCUUCUGCAGUUGCUGCCAGCUGAAGCAGCAGUGGCAGCAGCUGCUGCAGCAGCUAACUUGCUGCUUCCUUUUGGCCGUUAUGCCUGUUUGCUGCAGUCCACCAACAGCAGCGGCCUGGGCGACGUCCAGCUGGGAGGGGGGCCCGAUAUGUCAGCAACCCGGUCGGCCUUUUCUAACAACCAGCAGCAAGGCGGCUUUUCUGCAUUUGCUUCACAAGGGACUAGCUUUGCCUCUCUGGCGCAGCAGCCGGCGUCGGGGGGCUUUUUCGCUGCAGCAGCAGCAGCAGCACAGCAGCAGCAGCAGCAGCAGCAGCAGCAGCAGCAGGGAUUUGGGGGCUGGGGGCUGGGCACCCAGGGUGCCAACCUCUUUGGAGGAGCAGCUUCUGGCUUCCCAGGAGCCACUCCAUCCUCCACAGUUGGCCCCAAUUCAGCUUCAGCAGCUGACAAGAGUAUAUGGACGCAGGCGAGAUCUACAAACCCGCUUGACUAA